AUGGCCGCUGCCUUGUUAGCCCGGGCCUCUGGUUGUAUCCGCCGAGGUGAGUGCCCACGGGACUGGCGGCAGUUACACACCAUCUACCAGUCUGUGGCACUGCCCGAGACUCACCAGAUGUUGCGUCAGACGUGCCGGGACUUUGCUGAAAAGGAACUGGUUCCCAUUGCAGCCCAGUUGGACAAGGAGCAUCGUUUCCCAGCGGCCCAGGUGAAGAAGAUGGGUGAGCUAGGGCUGUUGGCCAUGGACGUGCCUGAGGAGUUGGGCGGCGCUGGCCUUGACUACCUGGCCUACGCCAUCGCCAUGGAGGAGAUUAGCAGGGGCUGUGCCUCCACUGGCGUCAUCAUGAGCGUCAACAACUCGCUGUAUCUGGGGCCUGUCCUGAAGUUUGGCUCCCAGGAGCAGAAGCAGCAGUGGGUCACUCCUUUCACCACCGGUGACAAAAUUGGCUGCUUCGCCCUCAGCGAGCCAGGGAAUGGCAGCGAUGCAGGCGCCGCCUCCACCACGGCCGUCGCCGACGGGGACUCGUGGGUCCUGAAUGGCACCAAGGCCUGGAUCACUAACUCCUGGGAGGCUUCUGCCACUGUGGUCUUCGCCAGCACGGACAAGUCCCGACAGAACAAGGGCAUCAGCGCCUUCCUGGUUCCCAUGCCAACGCCUGGGCUCACGCUGGGCAAGAAGGAAGACAAACUGGGCAUCCGGGCCUCCUCCACAGCCAACUUAAUCUUUGAGGACUGUCGCAUUCCCAAGGGCAACCUGCUUGGGGAACCAGGGAUGGGCUUCAAGAUAGCCAUGCAAACCCUGGACAUGGGCCGCAUUGGCAUCGCUUCCCAGGCCCUGGGCAUUGCCCAGGCUGCGCUCGACUGUGCUGUGACCUACGCUGAGAACCGUCAGGCCUUCGGGGCGUCUAUCACCAAGCUCCAAGGCAUCCAGUUCAAGUUGGCGGACAUGGCCUUGGCCUUGGAGAGUGCCCGCCUGCUGACCUGGCGUGCCGCCAUGCUGAAGGAUGAUAAAAAGCCUUUCAUCAAGGAGGCUGCAAUGGCCAAGCUGGCUGCAUCAGAGGCUGCCACUGCUAUCAGCCACCAGGCCAUUCAGAUCCUUGGUGGCAUGGGCUAUGUGACAGAGAUGCCGGCUGAGCGGCACUACCGUGACGCUCGCAUCACCGAGAUUUACGAAGGCACCAGUGAGAUCCAGAGGCUGGUGAUCGCUGGACACCUGCUCAAGAGCUACCGGAGCUGA